AAAUUGUAAAUUACACCAAUUUAAGUCAAUUUGUUCGUAAAACUGAUUAUAUUUGCGGUUAUCAACCAUCAACAUCGUUACCAUCUUUAUAUAAAAUUGUAAUCGAUCAAUUCUAGCUAUUUACAGUCCAAGAGAGUCACAAAAUGGUAUUGCUUUUAGUUAUAAUUUGUACAAUUUCAAUUGCAAUUUCAAAUGGAUCAAUCAUUAAUAAUCGGAAUCAAUUGUUGAAAGGAGACUUUACAGAUAAGGUGAACAAUCAGCCAGUUUGUUUGCCAAAUCAAUUUCACUGUUUUAAUGGUCCCUGUAUAAAUCAAGAGUACAGAUGUAAUGGUCUAAUUGAGUGUCCACAAGGAGAUGAUGAACAGUCCUGUCCACCAUUACCAUCGCCAAAGGAGGACAGUUGUGCCUAUCAGUGUCAAGAAAGCAAACGAUGUAUUCCUAGGUCACUACUCUGUGAUGGAAAGAUUCAAUGCCUGUUAGCUGAUGAUGAGUUUCAUUGUAAUUUUGCUAUUGGUGUUACUGGUCAACAAUCUGGUAAAAGUUCAUCUGUAUCACAAUUGAAUGGAGCUGAUCCGCCGUUUAAUCAAGCAAUUGCUAUGAGUGACACAGAAAAUCAAAGCAAUGUCCACAGUAUCAACAGUUUUGAUCCGCCUAAGGAUGGUUCUGAUUAUGUUUUUGUUAAUUUUGGCCCAAUUAUCAAUGGAGAUAAAAAUGUCAACGGCGAUGGGAACAAAAUUAAUAGUGGAAACGGUAACGGCAAUGGCAAUGGUAACGGCAACGGGAGAAACAAUAGCGAUGGCAAUCGUAGUUACAACAAUAAUACAAUUAUUUAACUGGUUAAUAAUAAAUCUACAUUUGAUGAUAACAUUUUAUGCAAUUAAGAUACCAAUUACAAAAUAAAACAAGUAAAAAGUAAAGGCAAUAAAUAGUAAAUAAUAAAUAAAUAAAUCUGUAAAUGAAAAUAA